AUGCAUAAUGCACAUGUGUUGCACUGGUGUGUGUGGGGCAGUGGUGUGUGUGGGGCAGUGGUGGGCAAAGAGCAUGGCACGCACACGCCAGGAUGUGGGGCUUCGGGAGGUCGCCUGCUUCGACCUGCUGUGCGCCAAAAGAGGCCAUUCGACGAGCCCGUAUCGCUGCGUUUCGAGCUCCUCCACGCGCCCUUCACAGCGGGCCGCGGCAACGUCCCACCCGACGACCUAGACCCUGUAGCGCGGCAGAUAGUGCGCAUUCCGGGCGGCAUGUGGCACCACGUGCACGAGUACACGCCUGUCACAUUCGACACCAUGCACUUCGCACAGCUGGACGUCACUGUUCAUGCCGCCAUGCUGCAUUUCUCCAACCCGCCUCUGCACUCCGCACAUCGACCCAGGGUUGUGCGUCCAGUGAGACCCCCUCCCGCCACACUCCCUCCACCGGCGGAUCUGCCUCCAAUCACCUUCUACACCUCUGACAACUCCUCACAACCGCUCCCCCAGCAGCCCACCACUGCUGUUACGUCCCAAGAUGACAGCGCCCCUGCCAUUACAUCCCAGGCUGCCGGCACCACUGCUGUGACUGCUGCUGAUGCUCAUGCUCCCAGGGCUGGUGGUGGUGAGGAAUUGGCUGGUGCAGGCAGUGCAGACGAGGGUGCAGCUGCAGGCCACGCUGCUGCAGCUGCAGGUGCAGGGGCAGAUGCAGUAACUGCAGCAGCAGGAGGAGCUGGUAUAUCAGCAGGGGCAGCAGCAGGGGCAGGUGCAUCAGGGGCAGGUGCAGCAGGGGGAGGUGCAUCAGUGGCAGGUGCAUCAGGGGAAGGAGCUGCAGGGGCAGACACAGGAGGCCAUGCGGAGGGCAGGGAGGAGUUCUAUGAGGCGGAGGGUAGCUUUGUUGUGGCGCAGGGGGAGCAGAGUGACGUGGUGGGUAAGGAUGUUGCAGACAAGUCAUUUCCAGAUGAGAUGCUUGAGAGCACUCCCACCAGAGGUGGGGAGGCUGCUGCUGGUGUGGCCAGAGGGGGAACUGGAAUCACAGGUGGUGCGGCCAAUGGGAAGGAUGGAGAGGCGCCUGGGGCGGGCAGGGGAAGGAGCGGAGAGGGUUCUGGAGCAGGGGAGCGGGAGAAGAAUGGCAAGGCGAAGCUAGCAGAGCCCGCAACAGCGACCAUGGCGUGUCUGCUGCUCGAGUCCUCUCUCCUCCUGCGCUCGCUCAACGCUGCGCUCGCUGCCACAUACAACCUGCACCACCUGCUGCCUCCCCCAGACGCCAUGGCUGAGCAGUCGCUCUGCUCUCCGGUGCUCGCCAGUGCACUGCGCAAGCUGAUGGGUCAGUCCGACAGAGCAGAUGCUGACAGGCCAGAUGCUGACAGGGAACGUGCUGCCGUGGCAGAUGCUGACGGGGCAGAUGCUGACAGGGCAAAUGCUGACGGGGCAGAUGCUGACAGGGCAAAUGCUGACGGGGCAGAUGCUGACAGGGCAAGGGCGAAAUCCGGUGGAGUGGAGACGAGCAGAAGUGAGGGGCCAGGUCCAGCAACAGAGAGAGGGGCGAGCGGGAGUGGAGAGGAUGCAGCGAGUAGUGAAGGGGGUGGUAAUGACUGUAACGGAGGUGACAAUGGAUUGAAGGGGAGAGCACAGGAGUGGGAGGGAGAAGGUGUGGCUGUGGGGGGUGAUGGGGGAGGGGAGCAGAGUAGUGGUGGGUCGGGCACGGUAAAGAGCGGUGAUGAUGGUGGGGGUGAUGGGGUUACCGAUGCUGGGGGUGGAAGCAGGGAGGAAAGUGGGAAGGCGGAGUUGAGUGCAGAGGAUGGGACGGGCAGUCAGUUAGGGAAGAGGGAUACCACCACCACCACUGGAGUGACUGUGACUGAUGGGAGUGUGAGUUUAACGGAGGAGGAAGUGGAAGCAGUGAAGGUUGCUGCAAAGGGUCUCGUGACUGCGUACUGGACGUCCUUCUUCAGCAUGCACAAGCUGUGCCACGUGGAGCUGUGUGCGGUGCUGCGGCAGCAGUGGGUGGCAAACCAAACACGAGAAGCAGCGCCGUGGGUGUAUGCGUCUUCCUCGCCCAUACAGACAGAGCAGCUCUUUGGCCUCGACCGCUGGCCCGAUGUCACCACAGCCAGGCAAUUCAUGCCGCCAGACAAGCAGAGCGAUUUGGCGCUCCUCUCAGCAGCCUUGGCCCGCCAGGUGCGGGCGGCCAUGCCUGCAGUGCCCUCCUCCGUGCUCGCCCUGCCUCCCUGCCGGCCCCAGCUGCUGCCUCGACCCACCCUCACCACCACUCUCAACCUGCGCACGCUGCCCUGUGUGCCGUCCUGCCUGCAGGACAUGCCCCAGCAGCAGCGGCAGCAGCAGCAGGGGGUGCAGAAUCCCCAGGUGUAUCUGCCGCAGGGCCACCGCAUGGACCUAAGGCUCGUGCGUGACAGCUGGCGCCUACUAGACCCGGACAUUGAGUGCCUCAUGGCCGAGAGCAACGAGACAAACUCCGCCGCCCCGCACUCCCCCUCCCCCUCCUCCUCGUCGCACUCGCCCGCCCGCGCCCCCGACCUGAGUGGGGUGGAGGCGAUGGGCGCUCGCCUGGCUCACGAGGUGGUAACCGCGUUACGCAGCAUGUUUGGGCCGAUCGACCGGCCCAAUAGGAAGAACGUGCCUCACCUGACCUACCUGCACCUUCACUCGUCCCAAUUGACCCUGCCAUUCGCAUGGCUUCUCUUUGCUCCCAAGACAUUCCAUCCUUUGAACCCCAACCUUAUGCCGUGCUCCCCUGCGGACGACAGCAUGCGGCCCUACCUGCCCUACCUGCACCUCUACCUCUCCUUCUGUGGGCCCCAACUGGGCUACUUGUACCACUCCAACUCCCUCGUCACGGGGGCCCGGGGUGGGGGAGGGGGUGUGCCUGCCACACUCCACAUAUCCAUGCCACUGGCCCCUUCAAUCAACUCCCUGCCCAAGGGCCUUCAUUUUGUGCCUUUUUUUACACAUCUUCUAUCCCGUGACUCCCUCUCUCCUGCCCUGCUCCCCACUGCAGACGACAGCAUGCGGCCGUACCUGCCCUAUCUGCACCUCUACCUGUCCUUCUGUGGCCCCCACCUGGGCUACAUGUACCACUCCAACUCCCUCGUCACGGGCGGCAUGUGGCUGCUCAAGCGCCUCGACCCCUCCUCCCUCAUGCGCCAGCUGUCCUUCUCCGAUUCGCUCAACGUCCGCGACUCCUGCAUCUACCGCCUCUCUCAGGUCGCGCCAGGAGUGGGUCCACUUCAAGCACAUCGUUCUCUUUGCCUCGCCCCAGGUGCAUCCCUCCCUCCCCUCUCAUCAACUCAUGCCGCCCUGCAAACCAUCAGUUAUCUUCCUGACUUAUGCCACGCCAGCUUGCACUUUAUCCAUACACUCCAUGUCACUCGUUCAAUCGCCUCUCCCUCCCCAUUCCUGUGCCCGCCUGUCGAGCCACCUCAGGACGAGUAUGUGCCGUAUCAUUCCGCCCGUCUGGAGGUCUUCGGUGCGGUGCUGAGGGAUGCUCGUCUCGGUGGCGUGCGCACCUCACGCCCAAACGGACACGUGGCACCACUCUCACCCAUCACCAAUCACCACCGAGCGACCCUCGUCAGCUGGAGUAGCUCGGCAUUCCCAAGGCGUUCCUUGCCUCUCCGCGGACUGUCGCUGCACUGCCAGCAGCCGCGGCACGGUUGUUCCUUUGAUGGUACACAGGUUGUCCGACCCGUGAGACCACACGCCACCACUGCAGGAGGCUCGAAUUCGAGAGCAGCUGCUUCGGAUGAAGAUGCAUCCGGGGGAAGGGAUUUGGAGCGAAGGCUGGAGGCGAGACUAGCAGCGAUGCAGGAGGGGAGGGGCAUGGAGAUGCGGCAGGGGGGGGUUAUGGAUAGGGGCAUGGAGGUUCGGAUGUUCACGGAGGACUUGCCUACGCAGCUGGAGGCGAUCACUACAGGGGCGACGACGCUGGUGGUGGAGACGCAGAGGAGCCCCCCUGACGUGGACUACCUGCAGGAGCUGCUGGCCAUCCAGCAGUCGGGGCCGCGGAACAUUGGCUUCUUUGGCACGCGCAACAUGGGCUUCAUGCACCAGCAGCUGAUUGAAAUCCUCAGCUAUGCCAUGAUUAUUACUAACAACCACAUCUACACGUCGGGGGCAGCGGGCACGAACGCGGCAGUGAUCCGCGGGGCGCUAAGGGCGGAGAAGGCGGAGCUGCUCACCGUCAUCCUGCCCCAGUCGCUCGGCAAGCAGCCUCCCGAGAGCCAGGAGCUGCUGAAGAAGGUGGAGAACCUAGUGGAGAAGCCUCACAACGACCAUCUGCCACUACUGGAAGCCAGCAGAGAAUCAACAGCAAAUCUUCCCUCUCCCGUUUCCCCAUCUCCCUUCCUUCCCUCUCCCGCUCUUCAUUCUGCCCCACAGGUGUGCAACAUGGACAUUCUAUCGAAGGUGGAGCAUGUGAUCUGCUUCAGCAUGCCUUUCUGGCAUGUCUGCUCGCACCACUUACUUUCCGGCAUCAGCUCUCCCCUUCCCCCUUGUGCCACACAGGCUGUGCAACAUGGACAUUCUGUCUUCUUGGAGCAUGUGAUCUGCCUCCAAGUGGCUCCUUAUCCCCCCUCACUGUCUCUCGCUGUCCUCUCCUCACCCUCCCUGCCAUGUGCCACACAGGCUGUGCAACAUGGACAUUCUGUCUUCUUGGAGCAUGUGAUCUGCCUCCAAGUGGCUCCUUAUCCCCCCUCACUGUCUCUCGCUGUCCUCUCCUCACCCUCCCUGCCAUGUGCCACACAGGCUGUGCAACAUGGACAUUCUGUCUUCUUGGAGCAUGUGAUCUGCCUCCAAGUGGCUCCUUAUCCCCCCUCACUGUCUCUCGCUGUCCUCUCCUCACCCUCCCUGCCAUGUGCCACACAGGCUGUGCAACAUGGACAUUCUGUCUUCUUGGAGCAUGUGAUCUGCCUCCAAGUGGCUCCUUAUCCCCCCUCACUGUCUCUCGCUGUCCUCUCCUCACCCUCCCUGCCAUGUGCCACACAGGCUGUGCAACAUGGACAUUCUGUCUUCUUGGAGCAUGUGAUCUGCCUCCAAGUGGCUCCUUAUCCCCCCUCACUGUCUCUCGCUGUCCUCUCCUCACCCUCCCUGCCAUGUGCCACACAGGCUGUGCAACAUGGACAUUCUGUCUUCUUGGAGCAUGUGAUCUGCCUCCAAGUGGCUCCUUAUCCCCCCUCACUGUCUCUCGCUGUCCUCUCCUCACCCUCCCUGCCAUGUGCCACACAGGCUGUGCAACAUGGACAUUCUGUCUUCUUGGAGCAUGUGAUCUGCCUCCAAGUGGCUCCUUAUCCCCCCUCACUGUCUCUCGCUGUCCUCUCCUCACCCUCCCUGCCAUGUGCCACACAGGCUGUGCAACAUGGACAUUCUGUCUUCUUGGAGCAUGUGAUCUGCCUCCAAGUGGCUCCUUAUCCCCCCUCACUGUCUCUCGCUGUCCUCUCCUCACCCUCCCUGCCAUGUGCCACACAGGCUGUGCAACAUGGACAUUCUGUCUUCUUGGAGCAUGUGAUCUGCCUCCAAGUGGCUCCUUAUCCCCCCUCACUGUCUCUCGCUGUCCUCUCCUCACCCUCCCUGCCAUGUGCCACACAGGCUGUGCAACAUGGACAUUCUAUCGGAGGUGGAGCAUGUGAUCUGCUUCGCUUUUCACGACAGCCGGCUGCUCAUGGAGACAUGAACAUCGAGCUUCUAGACCCCAACGAGGAGCUCCCCUCCGCUAAAGUCACACAAGGACGAACCCUGGGGGUUGCUGGUGCAGCAGCAUCGAGGACGGCUGGUUUGGGAUUAGGUUUGGGAGCAGGUUUGGCGCUGAAGCUGGAGACGGACGUGAUGGUGAGGUUCGGCAGCCACAGCACGUUCUGUGAUGCUGUGAAGGCGCUGGCUCGACAUGCUGUGAAGAAGGAAGGCUCGUGGUUUCUUUUGAGGCGCGCAGCUCAGUUUCACAGCAGUUGUCUCUUGUACGAAGGAUCGUGGUCUCUGGCAAGAGUGCAGCUCGAGAUCAACGGUGGGGAUUACUUUGACGAUAAAAACUUGUGGCUCUGCUUCAUGUCCCCGUUCUCCCCCACCCCUCUCCCUCUUCACCCCUCUCCCCCUUCACCCCUCCCUCCCUCCACCGCUCUCCCCCUCCACCCCUCCCCCCCUCCACCCCUCUCCCUCUCCUCCCCUCCCCCCUCCACCCCUCUCUCCCUGCCCCUGAAUUUUCACUUGAACGAUUCCUUAGUACAGCUGGUGAUCGACGGUGGGGAUUACUUCGACGAGCGGAACGUGCGGAGGAGGCGAUUCACGAGGGAGCAGCGAGCCGAGGAGGAGAGGCAGCAGCGGGAGCGGGAGGAGCGGAGGAAGGCGGAGAGAGAACGGGCGGAGAGAGAGAGGAAGGAGGUGGAGGAGCGGAAGGCGCGAGAGGAGGAAGAGAGGGUUCGUCGGUGA